GUCAUACCAAAAACUUUUAUCAACUAUUUAUCCAUAUUUUUGUUCACAUUCUUUGGCUUCAAAAUGAUUUACGAGAGUUAUACAACAUCUAGUACUCAAACUCAGGAAGAAUUAGAAGAAGCCGAGAACGAACUCAAAAAACUUGAUUCUAAUGAAUCCGAUUACAAGAAUAUAAUAUCGAAAUUACUGCCAUUUCUGUCGAUGGUUUUUGUUGAGACAUUCUGUUUGAUAUUCUUUGCCGAAUGGGGCGAUAAGUCACAGCUUAGUACUAUUGUGUUGGCGGCCCGGGAGGAUCCAAUCGGUGUAAUCGUUGGCUCAUUAUUUGGUUACAGUGUCUGUACGGCUAUCGCUGUAUUGGGCGGCAGUAUUUUGGCACAA